AUGGACACAGUGAGCCUGCAGGCCGUCACCCUGGUUGAUGGCUCCACUGCCUACAUCCAGAGAGAUGCCAAGCCGGCCUUUUCUGACACGCAAAUCAUGGAUGGGCAGGUGAUACAGCUGGAGGACGGCUCAGCUGCUUAUGUCCAACACGUGUCUGUGCCCAAAGCAGAGAGUUUGCAGCUGGAAGAUGGACAAGCAGUUCAACUUGAAGAUGGAACAACAGCUUAUAUACACACUCCCAAAGAAACGUACGAGCAAGGGGGCCUGCAGGAAGUGCAGCUGGAGGACGGAAGCACGGCGUACAUCCAGCACACGGUGCAUGUGCCUCAGCCCAACACCAUCUUGGCCAUCCAGGCCGAUGGAACCCUCGCCGAUUUGCAGGCCGAGGCCACCGCCAUCGACCCCGAAACUAUCAGCCUUCUGGAGCAGUACACCACUAAGAUUGUGUUACAGAAUCAGGAAAACAGAACAACAAGGGUGGCCAACGUCGGCGAAAAGUCGUUCCGCUGUGAACAUGAGGACUGCGGAAAGUUGUACACCACUGCACACCACCUCAAGGUACACGAGCGUUCGCACACGGGAGAUAAGCCGUACAUGUGUGAAUAUCCGGGCUGCGGGAAGAAGUUUGCAACAGGGUAUGGAUUGAAGAGCCACUCACGCACGCACACUGGCGAGAAGCCGUAUCGAUGUCAGGAGCUUAACUGCUGCAAGUCCUUUAAAACCUCGGGAGACCUUCAAAAGCACACACGCACGCACACAGGAGAAAAGCCGUUCAAGUGUCCGGUGGAGGGCUGCGGCCGAUCUUUUACCACCUCUAACAUUCGCAAAGUGCACAUUCGUACGCACACAGGGGAGCGGCCAUACUACUGCUCAGAACCCAACUGCGGCCGCUCCUUUGCCAGCGCCACAAACUACAAGAACCACAUGAGGAUCCACACCGGGGAGAAGCCAUACGUAUGUACUGUGCCCGGCUGUGAGAAGCGCUUCACAGAGUACUCAAGCCUCUAUAAACACCACGUUGUGCACACACCGUGCAAGCCGUACAACUGCAACCACUGCGGCAAGACCUACAAGCAGAUCUCGACACUCGCGAUGCACAAGCGCACUGCUCACAACGACACGGAGCCUAUCGAAGAGGAGCAGGAGGCCUACUUUGAACCACCCACUGACGCCAUUGACGACCCCAAUGUAAGCUACUCGACAGGGGCCCCCGUGGAGGAGGAAGACUCGGGCUCUGAGCACGUUGCAGUGGAGAAUGCUGAUGUUGUCACUCAGCAGCACGUUGCCUUGGUGACGCAGGCGGAUGGGACGCAACAGCAGGUUAGCAUCUCUGAAGCUGAUUUACAAGCCAUGGGUGGUACCAUCACCAUGGUGACCCACGAAGGAACAACCAUUACUAUCCCAGCCCAUGAACUGACCACGCAAGGUGCUCAGGUACAAUAAAAAACAACAGUAAAAGUGUAUGUUUGUCCCCCCCAGGUGGCCAUCAUGACACCCGGCAUGACUUCCUUUGAAACAGUGGAGGAGGCCAGUUACAGCCAGGGGCAAGAAGACAUUCACCCAGUUACCUUGCUGGCCACCUCCAAUGGCACUCACAUUGCUGUGCAGCUUAGCGAUCAGCCAUCGUUGGAGGAAGCCAUCCGAAUAGCCUCGAGAAUCCAGCAAGGAGAGUCACCUGGGCUGGAAGAUUGA